AUGUCGAUUUUGGUCUACGAUCGCGAGCACAACUUCAAAAAAUGGUACAUCUACUGGAUCCCCAAGACUAAAACUCUUGGUGUGAAAGACGAUAAGGAUGUCGUCUACGAAAGAGUCUGCACUCUUCCAGAACGCACCGAAUUACUCAAAGUCAGCAAGACACUGGUUGAAGAGAAAUGGAGCGCUCUGUUCUCGGAAAGCGGUCUCCAUAUAGAGGAAGUUUGCGAGAAAGAACUUGUUCUCAGCUUUGCGCUUCAACGCAACAUCACUUUGGAACGCACUGAACUGUCUGGAAAAUUCGACGAAUGCCUUUAUUUGGAAUACUUGCGUUUGAAAACUCUCACCAACGUGUCCCCAAUGAAAAGAAAGCGUACUGCUUCAUCCGUCGAGCAUCUGAAAACCGAGGAUCUCAAGCCACUUCUUGUACCAAAAAGUGACCCAGUUAAGAAGCGUACAACACGCAUGACUGCAAAAGCCGCUGGUCCAGAGUUCGACGACGAAUAA